UCCCGGCAGGUUUCUGGAGCUACAAAGAGGAACCGCAGUAUUUAACCAAGGACGUUGAAUUCGUUACAGCCUCGCAGUGACAAAUAAUCCACUAAUAGCAGCGACAAUGAAUAGCAAUAUUAAAAUUGUUCGUUCCCUCGUGCAAGAGCUGCGCCGGGUCUCGCAGACUAAAAAUACGAAAGAGAAUGCAAUGUUACGGUAUAUCAUGGAACAGGCGCAUGCACAUAAAGAAACGUCCCAAGUUUUGUGUAAAGCGCGAGAGGAAUUGAAGAAUUUAGCAGAGAUGUAUCUUUGUUAUUUGAGAUCUCAACAGGCGUGUAAAGAGAUUCAUAAGCAGUACGCUGGUAAAGGUGAACGUAGCAUAAAGGAAACUGCGGACCUCGUGGGUUUUAAGCUACCCCACGAUCCAAAGUAGAAUGGAUCAAAAUAGAAAUCUUUUAAUUGUUGUUAGCGAUGACGACUAUUUGUACUUUGUAUCGAUCUGUAUUUAUUGUACGUCUAAAAUAAUCUAAAUAGUGAUUUAUCAUUACAGAUAU